AUGGAUCCACUCAUAUUUUGGCUGGAGCAGGAGCCUACCAUCAACAGUGAAGACAAUUUGGUAUUCCUACCCGCGGAUACCCCUACUGAUAACACACUGAACAAAUACAACUAUCAAUUAAGCAAGAAAGGACAUGUCAGAAAACACAGGACAGUGAACAGACUAAGAGCAUAUGAAAUGGAAAAGAUUGCAAUGCGGCGAAGGACGCCCCAUGCGAGGGAUGCGAGAUCUCGUCCACUGGUCAAGCUGGAAGUCAUCAAGGGCGAGGAAUUUCUGAAUACCCACAAGGGCGAAUUAAUGGAGCUCUUCAAGAUGACCGAGAAAUACCAAAAGGGCGACAAAAUUGUCAACACUGCUACAUAUCGAGACUCUAAACUCUGCCUAGAAGAAUGGGAUCACAGUUAUGCAAGAGGAUUGCAAACGAAGAAUGCAGCUGUGAUAGAAGAGCACGAGAAGGAAUUCUACAGAUUAAGGAGCGAGAUUUACAAUAACGAGGUGAGAGAUCCUGGCCACCACUCACACACAGCAUCAUCUUCGUCAUCCUCUACUGUGCCUCCCCAUUCACCCACAAUGUCAGGCAGAGAUCCCCGAAGCUCCAUCACGGACUCUCGCAGACCACAACAGUAA